AUGACCAAAGUAACACCCCUCGUCCUCGUCCUUCUCGCCUUCGCCCACGUUACUCCAGCCCUCUCCUUCUACAUCCCCCCCUUCCUCAACUACACAAAUAGCACAAACACAACCUAUCAUACCCCCAAGCCCCCCGCCCCCGUCGACGUCUCGAUAACGGACAUAGAAGUAGACAAAGACGCCUGGAUCUGGGGCGAAUCCUCCGGACCCUCCUUCUACAGGGGCAGCAGAAAAUGGGAAGACCAAAUCUGCGGCGCCUCCUCCUUCGCAGGCAUCACCCGCCCGACAUCGCCCCUAACGACAGAUUGCCUGGCACUCGCCGACGACGCUGAAGCGGAGCGUUACGUCUGGUACGCAGAUGGCUUCGCAGACAACAACAACACCAUCCUCGGCAUCCGCACCCACGGCACCUGCAAGUUUGGCAUCCGCCCCCCGUACGCCGACGCGCUCCCGCACAUCAUGACGGGCUGGUACGUCGGCGGCGUGGACGUUGCCGAGGUGGUGCGCACCGCGGUGCGGGACUAUGACGCCGGCGGGCUGACGGGCGCGAGCGGCAUGAUGCACUGCUGGGCGAACCGGCAGAACCACGUCGACGUGCAGUGGGCUAUUUACGGGCCGGGGGAACAGGCCGAGGCGGGCUGGUUCUGGGCUCCGCCUGUGCCCUCGGUCGCUGUUAAGAGAGGCGUUGUGAGCACGGGUGUGGGGUCCAUCAAUAAACAAAUCGCACGCUAUGAAAUCACCGCUGUUUUCACUCAUCCUGACGCCACCGUCGAUAUUGUCCUGGUCCAUGGUCUCAAUGGUCAUCCCAAAAGUACAUGGACUUCGUCUCCAUCUCAAGAUGGCGGAGAUGUGUUCUGGCCCACAGACCUACUACCGCACUCCCUGGGAAAGACCCGCGCCAAUAUCUUGGUCUACGGCUACAAUGCAGACGUCUAUACAAGCGGUAAAAGCGAUCGAAGUGCCAGCGACAACUUCAUCUUCCAACAUGCUCAGACACUUGUUACAAACCUUACUCUUUAUCGUAAAAGCGAGCGUACAUCCAGGAAUCCCAUCAUCUUCGUCGCCCACAGCUUGGGUGGCAUACUUGUCAAGCGUGCCCUGCUUUACUCCAACGAUUUGAGAGACAAAAACCAAGAGGAUGCAAGAUCUAUAUUCGUCUCUACCUUUGGCAUCAUUUUCCUAGGCACUCCACAUACUGGAUCUGAUAUGGCAACGUGGGGCAUCGUCCUGCAGAAGAUGGCAGACGCCAUUGCGCCCAAGAAAGUAUUCGAAAGCGAGUCAGUUCUCCUCAAAACCCUGAAAAAGGACAACGAGAAUCUGCAAAAUAUCAAUAGCCACUUCCUUGACGUUUACCAACGUUUCAAGAUCCAUAUGGCCCACGAAAACCACAAGACUGAUGUCAAAGGCACGAUGGUGGUGGUGGUGGAUGCGAGUUCAGCGAGUCCUCAACUGCCAGGCGUCACUUACUACGGCAUUGAGGCGGCCCAUUCCGGGAUGUGCAAAUUCGAUAGCAGCAGCGCUCCAGGAUACAGAAAUGUAUCGACCGCCAUUCAAACGUGGGCGGAAGAGGCAUCGCCAGUUAUCCGAGCCCGCUGGGACAUUGAAUUGGACGACAGGAGGGCUAGAACACAGUACGAGGCUUCCGAGAUGACUCGCGAGUAUCGCAAACCUGCAGAGACCGUAUUUUCAGAAUAUAGAGAUAUUCAAACAGCUCAACAAUCGUCACCAGUUGACACGGCAAACACCCGUUGCGCGUCUAUUUCUGACUCUGCUCACCAAGUCUUGAACUCCGGUCCUCAUUUUGUUCAUCCUGACCGGUUCCGGCCCAACUCAUUUUUCAAAGGGCGAACGGAAGAGCUUGAAAGUCUUCACAAGCUGUUGAAAGACCCGAGGAGGCGUUCAGAGGGAACAUCUGCAGUCCUAAUUCACGGUAUACCUGGUGCCGGAAAAACGCAUCUUGCUCGACAGUAUUGCUUCAGCCACAAGGAACAGUAUCCUGGGGGCACAUACUGGAUCAGGUCUACCACAUUGCAAGACAUGGAGGACGGGUUCUGGCGCAUUGCGAAAACCGAGGCUAUCAGGGGCAUGGCUGUUCAAGGAAAGACGAAAGACUUGUUGAAUCCACAAAAUAUGGUGGAUAUCGUCAGAAGCUGGUUCAAUGAGUCAAAAGAUUGGCUGCUAGUAUUCGAUGGCAUUCGUUUCAACGACGACGCUGUUCUCAGAUACAUACCUGACCGACCAAACAGCAGUAUUAUCUAUACAUCAACCGAGCGGUGCGAUCCUGGUUCUUAUCUUCUUGACAACCCCAGCAUCAUGAAGUUGGGUUUACUCCCAGUUCAAGACGCGCAAGAGUUAUUGCUUGAAGAGAUGGGAAAGAAACAGCCAUACACCACUGAUGAUCUCAGACGGGCUCAAGACUUGGUACAACUGAUGGAUCGCCUCCCCCUAAUGAUUCAUGCUGCUGCUUUGCAGAUGAAUGCAACCCGGGAACCGCUCGCAAAGUAUCUAAAGACCUUCCGGGAUUCGCCAAAAGUGGGCAUUCUUCCUGCAUACAAAGCGAUUCGAGAUCAGUUGCAGACUCGUGGUAACUCCGCCGCAUUGAAUCUCAUCUACAUCCUCUCCUUCUUCAGUCAAUUUAUGCCAGUUGAACUACUAACUCUUGGUUUGAGAGCUUUGGACAAGCGUACACCUGUGAAAACGGAAACAACCAGGGGCAGAAGAAGUUUGACACAGACUUUCGUUACUUUGAUAAGCUUUGCUCUUAUUGAACGAAACGAAACGGACGACAUCUCUUCCGCGAGCUCGCAAUGCUCCCAUUCAGGUGUCGACGCCUCACCCGAGACUUUGGAUACACUUCGUGUCCACAGUGUUGUACAGACAUUCUUCAUCGAGCUUCUUGCUGAAGAGGGACAGCUGCAUUUCUGGCUGGAGCGGGCCAUCCGCGUCUUCUGCACGUCAUUUGAUGAGGCUUAUGCCAGGAUAAGUGGUGAGCCUGAUACCGGCCUGCCGGAAGACUACAGACAAUAUUCUAGGCACGGGAGAAAGUUAAGGGAGCGUCUCAUUCGUUACGCCAAUGAUCGCUCGUCUCUCCAAUCUCGAGAGCAACUCAGUUCACAGACUGGCUCCGUGGAUCUUGUCGCUGCCAGAAAAGACUUGGAGGAACGACUUGCAAGGUUACCCGCAGAUCUGAAUGAGUUGCAGAGAACCGUUUCUACAAGAAUCAUUGAUGGGAAGGAGGCUGGAGUUCAUACCUCUGUCUUCGAGCGCAUGAACAGUCUAUCAUCACAUUCGACAGAUGCCUCUGGUGCCGCCGUAUUCCCUCACUCAGCGGGUGCCUACCCUCCCCAAGUGGAACACGAUUACGAGUCGCCGCUCACAAUGGACAAUCCCCACCACUUCCACAUGCCAUAUGUGCCAUAUGUGGAUGAACAGGCGUCUCCGGUCGAAUACCAGGGGUCAGAGGAUCGAACCAUCACUCCAUAUCCCCCUGACAUAGAAGAAGGGCCUUAUCCCGAUACUGCUGGUUCUGAGUGGACUACCGUGACCAGACAUCGAUCGGUGAGGAGGAUGUCACUGCGGCGUUAUCAUGAUCGUGGAGGAGCAUGGAGAGAGACUGCCACAGCGACAAACGAUCCUCGUGUGAGCAUUAGUCGAGAGUCUGCAAGAGGUCUCAUUACCCCGCCUCAGUCUUCAAGAGGUGGCAGAUCACCCAGUCGCUCUAAAGUUUCUGCAAGGAGCGAAGCUGAGGCCGAACUCCUCCACAUCAAAAAGGGGUCUCCACCGCCACCUCGAGGUGGUGGCCUCAUACACGACAAGGGCAGAAGCUCCAGUGCCGGUACACCUGUGGGACCGAACUCAGUUCUCGGAAAUUCCAGCUACGCCAAGGUCGUGUCAGGAACCGCGGCCGAGGAAACAUCCUCGUUUCCUGUAUUCACUUCUCCGCCCUCCAGAGCCGGGACACUCGACAGGGCAGCUGCCUACGAUGCUCGGUCUGUCUACAGCCUGCAGACCGUCAAUAGCCGUACGCCUUCGACGGGUCCCAAGUUGAAGGAAAAUCAACUGCCAAAGACGACUGGUUUCGUUAAUUCGUUCCGACCGACUGAAUCGUCUCACCAGUCACAAGGUCAGGAAUCCGUUCCACAGCCGUACUUUCAAAGAAUGUUCCGGCGAAUGGCGAGAUCAGUCAGUGGGACCAAGCGUCAUGAGAAAUCAGCCCAGGGAAAAAUUGCCUCUCGCAGUUCAUCGACCUCAUCUGCUCCGAGAUCGUCAGAAGAACUCUCAAACACAUACCAGGAGGGUGUGAGAACAGCAAACUCUAGUCCGGGUCCGAAUCACCCCCAACCUUUCCCUCACGGACUGUCUAUUGUCACGAAUCAGCAGAGCAGUUUGCGACAGCAUCCUGUUGACCAUCCAGUAAACCAUCAGCCACUGUACACAUCUCAGGAUGAGUCCUACAACAAAGUUGUUUCUCGGUCUGAUCCAAGCCUCGAUCGCCGGAGUCCGGACGUCUCGUCUCUUGGGACUAUGGGAAAUCCACCUUCUUCGAAGCUGGUCUCAUCUAGCACAUAUCUAGAGAAUUAUAGGCCACCUGGAAGCCCUGCCAACCCUACGCCGCCAAAUGGGUAUUCAUCGCAGCCAAUGUCUAGAAAUCCAAGCUCAAACCCUCGGUACGCGGCAGCGACUGGCUCGGCUGGCACUCUCCUGAGCAGCAACAGCGGGAGCGUUAGGUCAAGUCUGCCCCAUCGACGAGCACCAUCCAUGGUGGAGACGGAGCCCUCACCACGCCUCUCUCCAAUAGAAAUGGAUCAGACUUCUUACGACAUAUGGAAUUAUAGGCAGAAUGGACGACCUAUUGACGAGACGCUCUUCGGAAACAGCAAUAUGCCUAGCCGACUGCCUAUUGGUCAUGUUCCCAAUUUCAUACGGGAAAGCCCAACAAUUAGCCCACAGCGUCUCCCUGGCAAUGGCGAACCAAUGUCCAGAUCCGGGUCCGGGGGUAUCAGAACUACAGAUGGCAGGGUCAUCUCUUUUGGUGAAAUUCCUGUAAACGUUGAAGAAGCAGAACGACGGCGUAUUCGAGCGGACCACCAUCGUCUCCAACGCAGGUAUGAGGAAGCUGUGGAGCUUUCGCAGCAAAUCAGACCCGAUGAGGCGGACCCAGAGUCUCCUCCAGAGUCAAAUCCUAUUGGGCUUGGACUAAGGAUGGAGUAG